AAAAUUAUGUCAAAAUUAUUAUAUCAGAUGGCAUUAACGAGCUCGAAUAAUUAACAAUCUAAAGACGAGGCGGAGAAGAGGAGAACAAGGGGAUGCAAGAUGAAGCAGCGGUGAGCAGCUAACGUUAUGCUGCGCGUUCUUGCUGCAAAAUACAACCGAUUGAAGAGACUGAAGACGACGAUAUAUCGCUCGUCGCGCGAGGGCUCGAGGACCUAUUCGGAAAGACGGCGAAGAAGCGGCGAUGGACGGAAAAGGGACAUCUUCGAGGAAAGGGGCGCCGCCAGCGAGGAAGAGUACUUUCGGAAGGAGACCGCGAGGCAACUGAAGGAACUCCGAGAGCAGCAAGCGCGUCGCAAAGCAAGAAAGGAAAAUCAAACGGCGGAGGAAACGGAAGAGGCAGCGAGGAAGAACGGCGCCCAAGACAGAGGUAAUCGAAAAACGGAAGAAAGCACUUCAAAGUGUUCUGACAAAGAGUAAAAGAGACAAAGGAGAGAAAAGAGCAAGGAAUCUCAAUACGUUGCGUGAAUCGCAGGAAUUGCCGCUUCGUCGAGUCUGACGAAUUAUACUUGGAGAGAUUACCGUGUUUAUUAAAAAUUUAUUAAUGAACCUUCGCAUCCUCUACAAACAUAUCGUGCGAAAUUUAACAACCCCAGAAAAAUCGUUGUAAUAAAAAUCGAACAUU